GGGUUUUAAUGCGACUUUUCAGUUGUUUUGUCUUACUAUGAGUAAACGUAUAAAAUGUGGCGACAGAAACGGGCUUUUUGAGCCAGGGUAUUACAUAACUGCGGGUGGGAUGGGGCGCCUGCGCAUCCAAUGAACGCACCCUACUAACUCUUGUAGCUUGCUAGUUAGCAGGCUUUCCUGUAGUGCCACCCAAGCAGUGUUAUUGUAAAAGCUAACGUUAGCUACCCAGCUAACUACCCCAGACAAACCGGCAACGUUUGGCGCUAACGUUAUUCACUUAAUUGUUUGCCAUUUUACGUGGAAGACUAUUCUAAUAUUGUGGUUUUAAUGCCACUCUCGAGAAAGAAUACGAGGACGACAUCUAUUUGAUCUUUUAUCUUAUUUACGUCGCCGGCGCACGUCUCGUGAAUAAAGACACAAUUUCCUAAGUGAGAUAACGUUAUCUCCAAGUACCGAUGGUUAUCACUGUCCACAACGAAUAAACGUUGUAUUUAGGUGUCUAAAAUGAAUGACUGGCGGCCCGCGCUCUUGGUCGCCGGCUGUUAGCUUGAGAGCGCGUGCUGCAGAAUUCUUAACAUCUUCCUGUGGCGACUGCAGCAAAAGCAACUUGGAGCUAGCCAACGGAGCAGCCUGCUUGUCCUGCUUCUGGGAAAUAUGUGGAGGGGAUCCUAAUUUCAGCAUCCUGGAAGUAGAAAGCACAGAAGAUCUGUGUCUCACACCACAGACAGGUGCAGUGUGUGGCCGGAGCAGCACAGAGGAACAAAGCUCUGGGGAGGAGGCGGUGCGGCAGCGUGCCUCUCCGGCUGUGGAUGUGCUGGGUGGCAACCCCCAGGCUGCACAGAAUGUGGCUGGGGUGUCACCUCGGCAUGCCCCGCAGCCGGUCGCAGCUGCCCCCCACCCAGUCCCUCCUUUUACCAGUCCGUCCACUGUGCCAUUGCUGGAGGGUAAAGACUCUAUGUUCCUCAACACGGAGAAAACACCCCAUCCACCUUGCCUGAGACUCUCCCGAUCAACGCAAAAGACAACCUUUCAGAAACAGGACCUACUGCGGAGAGUGUUGCUAACAUUGCAGGAACCUUGUCAACAUCCUUUACCGAGGACUGUAGUCACUCUCUUGAAAUGCAAAGGAUUCCAACACCCCUUUGCCAUCCUGUAUCCUCAAAUAUACAGAUCAGCAACACAAUGCAAGAGUUGCAAUACGGGUCACAAACAAAUGAAGAGAAAAGCCACUCAAAUAGUCAGACAAACCAGAGUGAACCAACAAAAGAGGUUGAUGGACUUGUGGUUUUCACGGGGUCAAAAGAGAAAAAAUCUGUCACGUUGGAAUAUAGACAAGAGACUGGAGCCAACAAGGAACAUGAUGGAAAAGAGCACACAGACGGAAAUUUUAUCUCACAACCCCAAUCUAAAAUCUGUUUCACAGCUUCAUUUCCUUCUGUCCCACAAUCAAGUGUUGAAUCUAAAGUCCAAGACACCACAGAAAUUAGAGCUAUGGAGCAAACUGACCACAAACAACCUGGCAGCCAAACCCCAUCCUCAAACCCUGCAGAGCAAGAGGGUGGUCGCCAGAACUCAAAUUCGCCUCUUCUCACUUUACCCUUAUUUAACAAAAACGAGAGGGAACAAACUGACUUGUCAAAAUCACAAGCUAAAAUCGUCAGGGAGAUCACUGUUGAUGCCAGAGAACUACAGAAUACAAAUUCAGUGGAAUCUCUUGAGAUAUUUGAGAAUGUUGAAAAGGCUGUUGACACUUCUCACAAAGAAACACCGCCUCCAACAGCUGAAGUACUUAAGACCUCUAAGACCAGAGAAAUGCUUUCUGGAUUAUGCUCCUCUCCUGUUAACACAAGCUCACUGUCAAGCACCACAUGUGACAGAGGAGAUGUUAAUGUUCAAAUGAUCUGCCAUCGCAAUGAAGGUGUGCAAGUGGAGAGUAAUGUUAGUCAUGGCCACCUCAUCAACCAACUUCACAGUGCUGCUACAAUGCAGCCAGAGUGCUCUUCCAUACAGGAGACUUUGUCAAAAGCAUCCCCUUCCCCUCUUAUGGUUGAAACGGGCUUAGUAGUGUCACUGCAGACUGACCAGGUUGUUGAAGCAGGAACAUCGUGCUCCUCUGACCAAAUUCCCACAACUGAAACGCCAUUGAUUGCGCAGCUUGUGCAUUCUACUGAUGCUCAAGAAAUUGUGGUUGUCAGAGAGGAGGGUCCUGUAAGUGGGCACUGGUCAGAAAUGCAUUUGAAUCCAAGUUACCUGCUUCAGCAGGAAGAUGGCAGUGUUUGUGAAGCUGCCAUUGUCAAUGAACUGAGCACUGAACUCUCUACUGGACAAGCAAAGCUGUAUGGGGAAUCUGUACAGACUGAUAUUGACUUAGAGUCACAGGCUGUGGAAGUGUAUGAGUUUUGUGGCUUGGUGGAGGAGGUUGCUGAGGAAACGGUAUGUGCCAGUAGUAGUUCACAGAUACCUCACUCCCCAGGCUAUGAGGUGAACUUAUUCAAUGCAUUACUCGACAACACUGAUGAUUACACUGUCAAAGAGGACCUAGAUUCUCAUCUUGAAACAUCUAUUCAUACAGUUAACGAAAAUGACAGUGUCAUAAUUUCCCAGCAGCCCAUACCAUCAUCGCUGGAUACAAAUCAAAUUCAGACUUGCUCUAAAAAUAACUCCCAUACUUUGUCCUUGCAAAACACAAGUGUAGCAACUGUUGGACAGCAUUUGAUAUUAGAUGCUACCCAGGCUGUUGAAGUUGCUAACUCAAGUGAGGUUUGUUUAGUUGAAGUAGCUGCUCUUACAUCUAAUUCAUUCACUGUCGAGCAGGCAGACAUCAGUGCACAAACUGUGACACCUCGUUCACAAGCUAGUGCAGCAGUCACAGACCUAACAGAUGUGAGUGUUUCUCCUGUGAAUCAAAUAGAUCCUCUAAAUCAGGAAGCAGAAGUAACAUCAUUAUCACUCAUAUCCCCAGUGCAAGUAGUUACUGGUGAGAACACAGGGAUGGACUCAUCCAUAGCUGUUUCACUGCAUGAUUUGGUAGUGGAAAACCAGCCAUCUCCGAAACAGUCCUCAGGAGUCACUGUUGUAAGUGCCACAAAACCUGAGGACUGUGUUUCUUCACAUGAAGAGACCAAAGAAACUGCUUCGACAGAGGCUCCAUUACAGAAUAUUCAAAAUGUUGUGACCACAGAAACUCCACUAGAUACCUUCUGCUCUCCUCCACCUGCUGGUAAGAUAGAUCCAAAGCUGCUCCUCCUUAAACCUGGAGUGACUCCUGUCUUAAAACAUCCGCCCUCCCUUUUGGCACAGAUGUCAAAGGAGCAAAAUGCAGCGGGCAACCUGGCCAAUGCUCACAGCUCUUGGCCUGGUACAGUGUCUGAAGAGUGCCUUUCCCAGACUGUCUCAACAGCAGACUCAAGAUGUACGGCUAUGACUCAGACGCAGUGCUCUGUCAGUAAAACUUCUCUAACAGCUCCCAACAUUCAAAUACAUCAGCCUGCUAUGAGCAGUGAGGUCACAAUCCAAAUUCACGAAACUGCAUCUGUCACCCCCGCAACUUCAAAAAGUGAAUCUGACACGGUGGCCUUAGCUGUUAGUGAAACAAUUCCUCAAUCUCAAAUUGUAGACAAUACAGAUGCCUCCCCACCCAGUAAACCUCACAGUGCUAAUGUAGUCCUUGCACCUUUGGAAAGGGAAAGUACAGCUAUAGUUUCCAUGACCUCAAAUGACUCUCUCAACCAGCCUGACUCUUUCCUUGUUGAGGAAGAGAGUGAGGAUAUGGAGCAGGACGAGACACUUGGAGAAACCGAACCACAGGAGGCCACUCCAGGACAGGUUAGCAGUGCAGAGGAAGGCAGUGACGAAGACCCUGAGACUGAGAAAACUGAAUGUGAUCUGGCAUCCCCCAGCUCUCCACACAAGCAUGGGCAGAGCAGGACAGACAAAAAGGCACUGUUCCAUAAGGUACGACAGUGGAUUGCAGACAGGGUUGCAGUGAACUCCUCCCCCGUCUCACCAUCAACGUCCUCUUCCUACCCUGGUCAAUCAUCCACCGGUGACUGGUCUACCCCACGAAGGGAGAAGGCUUCUCCUCUGAGAGGUCCGCAUGGCAAGUUCGUUUCUCCUUCCUCUGUUGGCUACAGUUCCUCCUCUUCCCCACCAGAUCAGAGUACACCUCAGCGAUCCCGUGGGGAGCGUCACACAGACAUGGCGGAGUUAGCUAAACAUGAAGCGGACAUAGAGCAUCGAACUCAGGCACUCAAGCGAGAAGGCUUCUGGUCAAUGAAGCGUCUCACUCGCUUGACAGAACCACCUCGACCAAAAGUUCACUGGGACUAUUUGUGUGAGGAGAUGCAAUGGCUUUCUGCAGACUUUGCCCAAGAGAGACGGUGGAAGAGAGGGGUGGCUAGAAAGGUAGUACGGAUGGUUAUGCGACAUCAUGAAGAGCUAAGGCAAAAAGAAGAAAAGGCAAAGAGAGAUGAACAUGCCAAAAUCAGGAGAGUUGCUUCUUCUAUUGCAAAGGAAGUACGGGCUUUCUGGAGUAGUGUUGAGAAGGUGGUGCAGUACAAACAGCAGUCAAGGCUGGAGGAAAAAAGGAAAAAGGCUUUGGACCUUCAGUUGGACUUUAUUGUUGGCCAGACAGAAAAGUACUCUGAUCUCCUCAGUCAGUCUCUUGCACCCACCAGGCCCACUGAAACUGUUCCUGUGACCCCUCAGAAAUCUCAGGCUACUGUUGAUGAGGAUGACAGAGAUUUUGAGCCUCCAUGUGAGGAGGAGGAUGAUGAGGAAACCAUAGAAGUGGAGGAGCAGCAGGAGGGCAAUGAUGCUGAGAGCCACCGAAGAGAGAUCGAACUGCUGAAGGAGGAGAGCAUGCUACCUUUGGACCAAUUGCUCAGCACCCUCAACCUGCCACAGGAUUCAGGGUCAGAGGAAGAAUGCUCUGAUGAAAGCUCCUCAUCAGCAGAGGAGGAAGAGGAGGAUAGGGAAUUCACUGCCAAUGAAGAGGAUGCUGAGGAUGAGGAGGACACCAUUGCUGCUCAGGAGAAGGUAGAAGGAAAUGUAGAUCAUGCAGAAGAGUUGGAUGACUUAGCCAAAGAAGGCGACAUGAGCAUUGAGGAACUGCUUGAGAAGUACAAAGGAGCAUAUAACUCUGACUUUGAGGCACCCUCUGUGUCUGGCUCUAAAGCAAGCUCAGAUGAGGAAGUGUCUGGGGAUGAGGAGGAGGAGACAGAAGAAGAUGAGAGUGAUGCGGAAAGCAACACUUCCUCCUCAGACUCACCAGGUGACAGUGACGAAGAAGACAGUGACAAAGAUGAACAGAGUGAAGAAGGUGAUGAUGAUGACUGUGGAGAUGAAGGAAUGGAGAUCUUGCUAAAGGAAGGAGACCAUAGCCCAACAUCCUCUGGCUCACGGCCAAAGAAGGAAAUUAGUCAUAUUGCUGCUACUGCAGAGAGCCUGCAGCCUAAAGGCUACACCUUGGCCACUACCAAGGUUAAGACGCCCAUCCCUUUCCUGCUUCAUGGUACAUUACGAGAAUACCAGCACAUUGGUCUGGACUGGUUGGUCACGAUGUAUGAGAAGAAGCUCAAUGGCAUUCUGGCUGAUGAGAUGGGGUUGGGAAAGACCAUCCAGACUAUUGCUCUGCUUGCUCACCUUGCCUGUGAAAAAGGUAACUGGGGCCCUCACCUCAUCAUUGUGCCCACCAGUGUGAUGCUGAACUGGGAGAUGGAGUUGAAGCGCUGGUGUCCUGGUUUUAAAAUUCUCACGUACUUUGGCAGCCAGAAGGAAAGAAAGCUAAAGAGACAGGGCUGGACGAAGCCUAAUGCUUUCCAUGUGUGCAUCACGUCAUAUAAGCUGGUGCUGCAGGACCAUCAGGCAUUCAGACGCAAGUCUUGGCGCUACCUGAUCUUGGAUGAGGCGCAGAACAUCAAGAACUUUAAGUCUCAGCGCUGGCAGAGCCUUCUGAACUUCAACAGCCACAGGCGACUGCUGCUGACAGGAACCCCUCUGCAGAACAGCCUGAUGGAGCUGUGGUCUCUGAUGCACUUCCUCAUGCCCCAUGUCUUCCAGUCCCACCGUGAAUUCAAAGAGUGGUUCUCUAAUCCACUGACGGGAAUGAUUGAGGGCAGUCAGGAGUACAACGAAGGCCUGGUCAAGCGGCUUCACAAGGUGCUGAGGCCUUUCCUACUCAGAAGGAUCAAAGCUGAUGUGGAGAAGCAGAUGCCCAAGAAAUAUGAGCACGUGGUGCGCUGUCGCUUAUCUAAGAGACAGCGAUUUCUCUAUGAUGAUUUCAUGGCACAGGCCUCGACGCGGGAAACUCUUGCCAGUGGGCACUUCAUGUCUGUGAUUAACAUCCUAAUGCAGCUCCGCAAAGUGUGCAACCACCCUAACCUGUUUGAUCCCCGACCGAUCCAGUCACCUUUUAUCACACAGCCCAUUGUUUUCCAAACGGCUUCCUUGGUGAAUGAUGCCCUGGAGGUCUCCCCUUUAAAGCGCUGCGACCUAUCCAUUUUUGACCUUGUUGGUCUGGAGGGCCGUGUGUCCCGGUACCAGGCAGACAUCUUCCUGCCCCAUCAUAAGGUCAGCCGCCAACUAAUCCAAGAGAUUGUGGACUCUCCAGAACCACCUCCAAGACCUAAACCAGUUCGCAUGAAAGUCAACAGGAUGUUCCAACCUCCUCCUAAAGGUGACAAUCGGCCCGUCCUGCUGAUGAACAAACCUACCUGCCCUGUGUCCCCUGCUACUCAGACCCCCAAACCUCCUCCAGUUACUGAAGUCACUUCAACUCCUUCAUCUGCUCCUGUCGUUCAACAAGUGGUCUGUUCAGUAGCACCCACACCUCCUCCACGCCCCUCAAUGCACCCCACUGCUCAGACGGCAGUGAGGUCCAGUACUCCUAAACCAAUGCUGACUGUACGGCCACCCUCCGCUCCCUGCACACCAGGCAUUCCAGCUCAUCCAAGUCCAAACCCCAGCAAUGUCAUGCCCCAGAGAGUUCUGCUCAGUCCAGAUAUGCAAGCUAGACUGCCAUCGGGUGAGGUAGUGAGCAUAGCUCAGCUUGCCUCUUUAGCUGGACGACCUGUGUCAUCAUGCCAGGGGAGUAAACCUGUCACCUUCCAGCUUCAGGGCAACAAGCUGACUUUGUCUGGAGCCCAGAUCCACCAAGUACCUGCAGCUUCUCCACGCCAAGUUCAAGGUAAUGUGAUGCACCUGGUAUCCAGCGGGGUGCAGCACCACCUCAUUAGCCAACCUGCCCAGGUGACUGUACAGACCACAGCCAACACACACCCUGUGAACACCACCUCUCCCACUCCCUCUACAAAUCGGCUGCCUCAAAAUGCCUCCUCACAAGUGCCCCCUUCCAUGGUGAGCAGCUCUGGAGUUGUGAAGAUCGUUGUGCGUCAAUCAGCAGGCAAGGAGGGCGGGCCUGUGCCCACCCUGGCAGUGGCCCCUUCCCCUCGUGUUGUUCCUCAGGCAUCACCUUCACCACACCCUGACUCCAACACACCUCCUAUCAGAAACACUGCUCCACUACAGAUUACCCAGCGUACCCCUGGCCCUGCUACUGCCACCUACACUAUAGCUCCACCCAGAAACCCUAGCUCUACCCCAAAUCAGCCCCAACCCCCUCGCCCUGUCUUGAAAGUAGUGCAGCCUCCCUCAUCAAGCACAGAGCAGCCAGCUUCAGUCCAGACAACGGUUACAUCAUCUGCGUCCAAGUCUUCAGCUGCACCACGUGACAAUAGCAGCAGUCAAACAGCACUUCCUCCAAAGGCAAGGCCCAGUACAGGUGCAAAGGUUUACCCUCUAAGCAGGAAAGUGCCCCGCCCACCCCCUCGAUCUCCAUUCUACAUGUCAUGGCUGGCUGAAAGCCAGAGACAACAACAAGACAGCAAAUUGGACUUCAUCUUGCAAGUUAACGAGCGACACUGUGGGGCAAAGCCUGUGUAUGGCCUGGAAGUUUUAAACUUUUUGACAUUUCUCCAUGGACCCCAUCUCUCACCAGCCCCUCUGAACCUCCUCUCUCAAGGAGAGUGGGGUAGAUCAGGUCACAGCAGCUGUCUGUUUGCACAGACGCAAAACAAAAAUGACUAUUGGUUUCAAAGUCACUCUGUGAGAGAUGUCAUUCACAGCAUUGAGGAGAGACUGGAGCUGCUCACCGACAUUAUCGACAGGUUUACAUUUGUGAUACCCCCAGUGGAGGCUCCCCAGAUCUCCAUGCACUGCUGUCAUCCUCCACCUUCUCAGAGCCACAAACAGACCGUCUUCAGCUCCAUGCUCUCAACUCAAAUUGCUCCCCUCACUCGCAGUCUUCACCGUGUCCAGUGUAACAUGAGAACUCAGUUUCCAGACUUGAGACUCAUACAGUAUGAUUGUGGUAAGUUGCAGACACUCCAUACUUUGCUGCGAAAGCUUAAGACAGGAGGCCACAGGGUGUUGAUAUUCACUCAGAUGACGCGCAUGUUGGAUGUAUUGGAGCAGUUCUUGAACUACCAUGGACACAUCUAUCUCCGCCUGGAUGGUAGUACCCGUGUAGAGCAGAGACAGGCCCUCAUGGAACGAUUCAAUGCAGAUCGGCGUAUCUUCUGCUUCAUUCUGUCAACUCGCAGUGGAGGUGUAGGAGUAAACCUGACUGGGGCUGACACAGUCGUUUUCUAUGACAGUGACUGGAACCCAACCAUGGAUGCCCAAGCACAGGACCGUUGUCACCGCAUUGGCCAGACCCGAGAUGUUCACAUCUACAGGCUAAUCAGUGAACGCACUGUAGAAGAGAACAUUUUAAAGAAAGCCAACCAAAAGAGGAUGCUGGGAGAUAUGGCUAUUGAAGGGGGAAAUUUUACCACUGCCUUCUUCAAACAGCAAACCAUCCGAGAGCUGUUUGAUGUAAAUGAUGGGGAGAAGAGGGAGAUGGCAGUAGAGUUAUCUGUGCCCCAGGCUGAUGAGGAGGAGGCUGUCAACAAACAAAGCACCACCAUUCUGGAGCAGGCCUUGUGUCGUGCAGAGGAUGAGGAAGACAUAGUAGCAGCCUCACAGGCCAAAGCAGAGCAAGUAGCUGAACUAGCGGAGUUCAAUGAGAACAUACCACUGGAUGAUGGAGGUGACCAAGAGGAAGUGGAAGAGCUCUCCAAAGCAGAGCAGGAAAUUGCUGCAUUGGUUGAGCAGCUCACUCCUAUUGAGCGGUACGCCAUGAACUUCCUGGAAGCCUCAUUGGAAGAUGUGUGCAAAGAAGAGCUUAAGCAAGCUGAAGAGCAGGUUGAGGCUGCCAGGAAAGGCCUGGAUCAGGCUAAGGAGGAGGGCCUCAAACUGCACGCUUCCUCUGAUGAAGACGAAGAUGAUUUCUUGUCACCACCAGCUUCGGUUGAGCCUGCUCAGCCAACUCCAGCCCGCCGUGGGCGCAGACCUAAGGACAGGGACAAGGAGAAGACUGUCACCUCCACAAGAAUGAGUGGUCGGUUGCGUGGAGCCUCUCCUGACACAGAACCUGAGCCGACAACCCCUAGAGAAGUGCCUGAAAGACAUCGCUUUGGUCUGAGAGGAAGAGGAGCUGCCAAAGACACUGGGACUGGGCCCGCUACUCCACUACGCACGGAGCAUCACAGAAGCUCAUCCACCAGGCUCCAAGAGUCCUCCAAAUCUUCAAAAGCUUCAUCCCCUGCCAGAGAUCAUCAGACUGUUAAAACGAGAUCUCUACCAAACCGCUCCCAUCCAAGUCCAGUGCCUUCCCCUACGACAAGCUCUCCUCCUGGGAAUAAACAACAUUCUGCUGGGGAGAUUGACAGCAAGAUUUCCAAAGCAGGGAAAGAGGCUGGUGAUGAGACUGAAAGACAAAUGUCAGAGUCUUUAUUGGAGUCUGGCUGCCCAGUUGAACAGCAAGCAAAAGAUAAUGAAGGAAAAGAACAAAAUACAAUGUCUCCCCCCUCCAUCAGUUCACGAUCACCUCGUAAGCGCCAGUCAGCAGAUGUUGAAGUCCUUAAGGGACUUGUUGAAGAUUCUCCUUCAGCCAAAGUCCUACGAAAACUUCCAGGAAGGCUGGUCACAGUGGUGGAAGAGAAGGAACCAAGAAAGAGAAAGAGGAGAGGAAGUGGCACUGGAGGUGGAGGGUCUUCUGAGGAGGCGACUUUAGAGGAACAUGCAGCCACACCUGAUGAACCAAGCAAAGACAAUAUAUCUCCAAGUCCUGACAGCAAAACUAAAGAGACUGUUGCAAAAACUCCUCAAGACCAAGACUCUACUCCUGCUGUUUGUCCCACUCACUUACAACCUGUUAGAAGUUACCCCCCCUACUCUCCACCUCAUCUUUCUCCAGACAUGCCAGUGUUGAGAAACCUUCCUGUACGGCGCAGGGUGGAAACUGAAUCUCGCAUGGCUGCCCAGCUGGGAGAACAGCUGCAUAGAGGCAGGGGAGGUAGCCACGCCAAAAAAACAGACUGCAAAGAAACAGCUUCUAGCUCUACAGACUCAAAUGUGAAUUCCCUCUCAACACCUUUGAAACGAAGAAGGGGCAGGCCCCCUAAGACUCCACCUAGAAUAACUGACACUGACCAAACAGCAAGCCCUUCUCCACAACCCACCUCGCCAAGUGAAGAGGGGAAUCCCCCCCUCUCUCCGAAACGUAAGAGGGGUCGACCCCUCAAAGAUUCUACAUCAUUGCCAGACACUGAUAGUGCAGAACAGAUCUCUAUAACAGAAACUACCAGUAUUGAUGUAUCUGACACAAAUUUAAACACCGAAGCUAGCACAGAACAAAUGGAUACAUCACCUAAUGAACCUGAGAAUCCUGUUGCUGUCAGCACAAGUCAGGCUCAGUCUACCAAAGCUGAGGAUUCAGACACAAAGUCUGAGGUAUCAGCUUCAAACCCAAUCCAAGCCUUUGCAACAAAAACAGAUCAAAUAGACACGCCAGUCCAAGCCUCUAGCCAAUCACCUACAGCACCUUCACUCCAGAUGACCACACACGUUCCUGAUACUAUGUCCACAUUAGUCUCAGCUGAAGCUGUUACUUCACCUCUCGCAGUUACUGGUCUUGGAACAACAUCUGCCCAAGUUUCUCCUUUACCUUCUCUCACAGUUUCCACUCCUGCUACCAUAUCAGGCACUGGCACUAUUACAACUAUAUCUGUAUCAGCCACUGAUUCUGCUGGCAUUGCUAUUUCAGUAACUUCUAAAGCCUCUGAUGAGCCAAAAGUUGCAUCUUGUGCAGCAGCGUACACAGCAGGACCAGAACCUGCCACCACCACCACAGCAGUUCCCUCUGUAGCCACUACCAUUCCCACCAAACCAUACACUCUUUUAACCUUGGACUCUGCCGGUGCAGUUCCACCAACAGGCCCUAUUACAAUAAUUACAACAGCUACAACAAUGAUUUCAGAAGCAGAAAGCCUUACACCAGCCAUCCGCACUACAGUGAAAUCAAUGUCAACAGGUAAAACAUUUCCUGUAAAGGACUUGCAGCAGACCAUUGCUCGGCCAUCCACAACCUCUGUCCUAAACACUGUAACCUUCAUGUCACCCACCACCCAGACAUUCACUAGUAUUACUACAUCAUCACCAAAAUCAGUGUCACAGCCCCCACCUACAGCAGCAACUUCAGUAAAACCAGUACAAAUGAAUCCAUCGUUUCCAAAUGUGACCAACACCAGUGCUGUGUCAACACCAGUAACAGCAGUAACAGCACCUGUUGUGAAUACAAUUCAAACAUCCCAAACGAGGACAGCUGCCAAAGUAACUAAACAAGUCACUUCCCCCCAAAUGUCAAAAAGUGUGGAACAUAUACAGGCAGCAAAUGUUAGAGAGGCUGAUUUCUCCAGAGUUACAUUGCCGCCAUCAGGUUCAAUCUGCACUACUUCUCCAGCAACAGUGUCUGAAAGUGUAACCACAACAUCAGAGGCAAAGACAGUACAAACAGAGGGAGUUAAAUGUAUCCCCUUAGCCCUUGAAAUGGCUCAUUCAGGAGGCUGUUCCAAACAAACUACACCUGUUUCCCCUGUAGCAGCUGUAGAAAAAACUGAUAUCAUCGCCCCAGUAAAAACUUCAGUAGGUGGUAUACCAGCUCCACUAACUACUGUCAUCUCAGUUACAUCAUCCUCAACUAAACCACAUGCUACAAAUGUCACAACCACACUGCUGUCACCUACCGCUUCUUUGCUGUCGACAACAGCAUCUGGCAAUGCCAAGACAGUUACACUUGUUGCUACCACCCAAAGCUCUCCACUCAUCUCUUCCUCUGUACAAGAAUCACCAUCCACAGUUGUUUCCUCAGAUGUGUCCACACUGCAAAAGACAGAGAAUCUACCCAGGGUACCAACCACUGCACCCUCUGUGGCCUUGAGUACAAAGCCCAGUUUGGAGAAGCAGUCUCAAGAGGGAACAUCUACAACUGACGACUCUGAUAAAGGAACAAAAAUGGAAGUAGAUACCUUAGAGCUUGAUAUAAAGAGCAGCAAAGGGGUGGAUGGAAAAAGGCAGGAUAUUUCUGAGUCUCAACCCAAAAGGAGAACAGAGAGUUCCUCUGUGACAAAAGACACAGAGCCAGGGAAAGAGGGAACUAUUAAAACAACUAUUCCUCAGAAAGUAGAACCCAAACAACAAAUGGUGGAAGAAGGAAUUGCAGAUGAGAAAAGUAUCCUCCAGAAAAGGCCCCUCAGUCGCCAGAGUAGUCAGGAGUCCACUCGCUCUUCUUCGCCAUCAUCUGGAUGCUCUACAUCCACCCUCACUCGUCAUGCUCAUCACAAGAAAACGUAUGAGAAUAGACAUGCUGCAAAAAGGAGGCGAGUAGACAUGACCUCUGAAGCAGCAAAGGAAGAGAAAAAUGAAGAGGAUAAGGAAAAGGAUGAGAACAGAGAGGACAGUGUGAAGGAACACAAAACUACCUCUCAGAGAAGACGUUCUAGAUCUUCCUCUUCCUCCUCUGACUCUGAUUCAAGUGAAAGCAGGAAAGAACACCGGUUGACCCGCUCAGCAAAGAGGAAGCUACAGGACCAAGAACCAGAAAAGGGGAGCAACGGGCAAGGAAAGAAACCUGCUCGCAGCACUGACAAAAAUGCAUCAAACAAUACCACUACAUCCACAGGUGGCGAGUCUGGCAGUGACACAUCUUCUGUUAGGACAACAAGGAAGUCUGGAGGACUUCAGCCUUUACAAGACAGUAAACCUCCAGCAAACAGCACACCAUCUUUGCCUCCAGAGCCUGAAGUUCUUGGAAAGAGGUGCUCAGCGCUUAAUGCAGCAGCCAAGCUUCUGGCCAUGAAAGGUAGGGUGGACACCCCUGGCCACACUCCACGGAAAGAUUCAGGGACUAAAGCUAGUGGGUCAUCCUCUACAUCCUCAUCUGAUAAGAACCAAAAGCCUAAAAUCAAAAGCACCUCCCCUCAAAAUAACUCUGUAAAUAUUACAAAUAAUAAAGGCACUGUCAGCAAACCUUCUACACCCAAUCAAUCAAGUCGCCCUGCAUCCCGUUCCACCAGACAGUGCCCUGGUUCUCUUGUCCCACCCCUUGAAAUGGAGUACAAAAGAUCUAAAACAGAAGAAAAAGAGAGAGGCAGUAGGAAGUCCUCGGGAGGAAAGGACGGCGACACAGAGACACGGUCUUCAUCUCGGGGCCACAGUGCCUGCAGUAGCAUUAGCAGUGAUAAUGAGGGUGACGGCGGUGGGCGCAGCAGCAGAAGCCGCAGUAGUAGCAGCAACAGCAGCCAACGCACCCACAGCAUCAGCUCUCAGAACACAGAGCACAGAGAGUCCCACUCCCGUGCUGCAUCCUCUGGCAGCGAGCGUGAAAGAGAUCGGAGCUCAGAGCGGGCGAAGUCUAGAGACAAAAGAGAGAAGCAGGGCCAAGAGAGGGAGAGCCGCAAGGACAGCAAGAAGCCCACCAAGCUUCCACAGGAAGUGACCAGCAGCUCUGGAACAGAAGGGACUCCAGACAGAGUGCUGCGAAGUGUCGCAGCACUCGCAGCGGUGCAGGCUCGAUCACCAGCAGCAAGCACCCGCUCGUCCUCCAGUCAGCAUCGUCACAAUAAGACAUGAGAGGAGUGUCAAAGGGGGUAAAACAGAAGCGAGAGUGUACCGAACAUGAGCAUGUCAUGACCUCCACGGUUCGUCUGCGCUCUCAUUAAUGCAAGGGAACUAAGUGCUGCACAAGCUCGGGACCUCCCUGCCUCAUGGGCCCUCUCCCUUUCCAAUCGGAGCUAGUCCCCUUGCCAGCUCAGCCAUUGUCAGCUGGGGGAAGGCUCAGGGAAGCUGGACUGAGAGUAAAAAAAAUAAGCGGCGCCGUUACUGUGCGUCCCUAAGCAAAGAGAGACAGUUCAGUGGAUAAAAUCACCACUGAGGUAAUAAAGGCAAGUUGUUUCACAUUCUGUACUGUAAUCAUUAAGACUGGAACGCUCAGAUCCUAUGUGUUUCUGGGAUGGGAUUAGACUGCACCCUUUAUUAGGGUUAUAAAUGAAACGUCAUUUGUGUGACAUUAAAAUACUUUUGAGUGACCAGUUGUAUUGUAAGUUGGAGGUUUUAGAGCAUUUGGUUUUGAAAAUCUUGUCAGCUGUUCCUGACUAUUGUUUUUUUGUAGUCAGUUGAUAAGUUAUGCAUAUUUUAUUAUUUCUUCCAGGGUAUUAGGAAGAGAACAGGUCUGUCAAUGUGAUCUUUGCUGCACUAUGCUGGAGUUGUCUUUGCUUGGGCCCUUUUUUCAUGCCAGAUUCUGUUCAUUGGACUCUUUAAAUCCAGCCUUGAAUUUCUCAUUUGCACAUCUGAUGUGGCCCUCAGCCUUCAGUAAAAUGUGUUAUAGAAAUACGUUAUUCAUCAACUCCAGCCAAGUAAUUGAUUCCUGGUACCUUACAGUGUAUCUCUACAGGUUCUUAUUGUAUUAAUUGAACAUGUAAAUUGUCGGGUAAAGUCCCAUCAUCUUCUUGCUGAUACCAGAGAUCUGCCAACAGCGAAAACUGAAUCCCUUUUCUUUAUGUUCCCAAAGGCAGUUGUUGUUAUGGUCCAGUUCGUCAUGUAUUUAUAUUAAAAGGACAAGUAACUGUCAUUGGAAAUAAGAGUGCCUCUUAGGCCAAAUUGGUUUGAACCUCAGAUUGCCUUGUGAAGCACCUGAAGCUGUGGUGUUCAGCUUCUUGCAUUAUUAUAACAUGAAAAAGCCAAACUUGAAAAAAAAAAAAAAAUCCCUUACCCUUGGAAAACAUCAAGGAAAGUACUCCGUGCAUCAGUGCUACUAAUUUGCUUUAUUUUUCCACCAUAUCACCAUCACAGCAUUGUUCAUUCAUGUAAAAUACUUGGACAAAAUAUGUGAAUAAAAUUUACUGGUACAGCUCCAGAUGACUGUAAAUUGAUUUACUUUUGGACUUGUCAAAGAUGUUUUCAGAUGGUUGAUAUUUGAGGGGAUGGGGUAGUUUAUGGUGAUGGUCUUAUUUUGAUUUGUCUCAUUCAUUUGUUGCAUUCCUUUUGAUCCCUUGUAAUUCCAUUACAAAUUGUUUUACUUGAAAAAUUAAGACAAUUACAGUUGAAUAAAAAGACCAAAACUUA